ACCAUCGACGUAGAGCUCUCACGCCGGGAAGGCUGGCAUUUCGGAGCCAAGCUGGUGAGGGGCGCCUACAUGGAGCAGGAGCGAAGUCGGGCGGCCGAGGUGGGCUACGAGGAUCCCAUCAACCCAACCUAUGAAAAGACGAGCGAGAUGUACCACAGAUGCCUGGACUACAUCUUGGAGGAGAUCCGGCACAGCCGGAAGGCCAACGUGAUGGUGGCUUCUCACAAUACAGACACAGUCAAGUUCACCCUGGGCAGGAUGGCAGAUCUUGGCAUCCACCCUUCGGAGAACAAGAUCUACUUUGGGCAGCUUCUGGGCAUGUGUGACCAAAUCACCUUCCCUCUUG